AUGGUGAAUCGUGGUGCGAGCAAAGGAUGUUUCAAAUGCAGAGCUCGCAAAGUCAAGGUCUUCCACCCACCUCGUGGACCCAAAGAGCAAUCUUCUGCCGAUCGCGACCAUCGUAAUGAACCAUCUACCAGAGCGUUUUGUGAAAUCAAAGGACUCUCUGACCUCGGCCGUUACAAUAUCUCCAAUCUAUUCGCCUUGACCGAGAGCUCGGAAAAUCAGGCGAUCUGCUACUAUUUCGAGCAUUUUACACCGCGUAUCAAUGGCUAUUGGACAGACCUACUACCCACCAUUUACGCGAAAGAACUGUCCAGCUCGCUACUUAAUGUAGCCACCUUGUCCAUGGCGUACAGUUUUAUCUCCCUUGAGCCUGGGUUUGAUCAUUUCAAGACACUAGCGAUAUCUGAGUAUCAACGUAGUGCAAAUGCAAUGACCGAGAACGAUUCGAUACCGUCCCCGUUUUCCCUUGACCUGAUUUCAUCUUAUAUCGACAGCGUUUCAUCCCAAUAUCCCACGAUCAAUGCUGAAAUGGAUGAUUACUAUUUAUUGGCAAGGCAAAUCACGUGUCUUGGAGGUCUACUUUUGAGAGCCCGAGACCUUCUUGAGGGUCCUGAAGCAGCAAAUGUGUCGCGCGAACAUAUAAUCAACCUCUACCAUGAAGCAAGAGGCUUUGAUCUAGAGAUACAGCGGUGGCCGUCGCUGCGUUCCGACAGACGUCCUCGCAGGUCUCUUCGUCUUGACAAGGGUCAUAUACCAUUUGACGAAGCAGUAUACCCAACAAGAAUCGAUAUAUACGCAAGUAUUUCCCAAGCGGCUUCUUGCUGUGCCUGGCGGCUAGCCCGCGUUAAGGUCCUAGAAGUGCUCAUCGCAAUCACACCCCACCUCAACUUGUAUGCGGCUGCGGGUGAGGAGGAAGUCUUCCGUCGAGAGCUAAGUGACUAUGAGGGGAUCAUGAGAGAAUACAUAGACGACAUUUGCGCGGCUGUACCAUACUUCCUUUGCCCCAUUGCACCAGAGAGCAUCGCCAAAUCUUACCCACACCCACCUGGACAGUCCUAUAUGCCAGAAAUAUCGGGCCUGGAUCUAGUCAGUGGGAUGUCACAAAUGAACCUUGUGGUCUUCCAUGCAUCUUUGUGUGAAUGCGCUCCACGAAGCCAGCGACAGUGGCUGCAGCCAUACCUCACCCUACUUUCAAGGGAUACCAGAGAUAAAGAAAUAGCAACUCGGCUACAACCUAACAUAGACGUGGUUGAGAAAGCGGAUGCUGCACGCUUUGUAGCUGCUCUGUCGGGACCAUAUUGUAAGGCAGAUUAA